ACUUUGUCCAUAAUCUACGCCCGUCCCGCGUUUGCAUAGAGAUCUUCGGAUCCCUCUUUUUCCCUUCUUCCACACACACACUCCCUCAGGUCACCCUUUCUCUUCCCUUGGACACUUCUAUCCCAGCGCGAGCCGUCUGUGUGUGUCGUGUCCUCCUUGUCCCUUUUUUCGUUGCUUGGUAUUCGCCCUCUUCGUGAUCAGUUACGUUUUUGCGGACUGAACUGGUAUCUUGGUCGUCCGUACCAGGGGGAUUACCAGGCUCGUAUUUUACGUUCUUUACACUCAUUUGGAUACGACCAUCGUAGGGGAACGAUACCUAAUUGCAGUGUGGCCUUUUUGCACACUCGAAGCCAGGCUCGCUCGAACUUCGAAUGACUAUGUGCCCGUUCAGCAGGAUCUGAAUUCGCAGUUUUUAUUUUUAUUUUCUCAAGACAACACCGUCCUGGAGACAGCAGCAGCUUUUAAAUAGUAAUAAUUGGGAGAAAGCUCCGUACAGGGAGGGACGCCAACCGCCUAUUGUAAGCCGCACCGUCGACUUACGGCUGGCUCGGGAAGGACGUGGGAAAAGGUAACAGGUGGAAAAGAGGAACGGAAAAGAAGAAUAAAGAGAGAGAGAGAAAAGAGUCGGCAAAAUGUCAUUUUACAGCGCCGGCCAAUAUGACGAGAAGCCAUCGGAGCGGGCGAGAUGGACCCCGUUGACGAGGAUGUUGCUCUCGGGCGAGAUGACGCAGGAAAAGCAGAAGGAAUUGACGAUGCGAGAAAACUUCGAUAAAUGGAUGAUCAACGAAGGUUACCGCCGAUUCUUCGUCUUCGUCUUUAUUUUCUUACACGCCCUCGUUUUCGCCUUCGGAUUCGUCAACUACGCCGUCAAGGACAGUUUGCAGAUAGCGCGGAACACGUUCGGACCGACGUAUAUGAUAGCCAGAUCGGCCGCGCUCGUGCUUCACGUCGACGUGGCCUUGGUUCUGUUCCCCGUGUGCCGCACGUUCAUCUCGAUUGCGAGGCAGACGCCUCUCAAUGGCAUCAUCCAGUUCGACAAGAACAUCACCUUCCACAUCACGACGGCCUGGUCCAUCGUCUUCUUCUCGUGGGUCCACACCAUUGCUCACUGGAACAAUUUCGCCCAAGUCGCCGCCAAGAACCACCUCGGCUUCUAUGGUUUCCUGGCCGCCAACUUGGCGUCCGGGCCAGGAUGGACUGGAUACAUCAUGCUGGUAGCUCUCAUGGGGAUGGUGUUCACAUCGGUCGAGAAGCCCCGUCGGGCCAACUACGAACGCUUCUGGUACACGCACCACAUGUUCAUCGUGUUCUUCCUGUUCUGGGCGAUCCACGGUGCCUUUUGCAUGAUCCAGCCUGACACAGCACCAUUCUGCGUCUCAGUCGGCACGACGGCCGUCGGCGUCUUCUGGCAGUACUGGACGUACGGCGGCUUCAUCUACCUCGCGGAGCGCAUCGCGCGAGAGGUGCGCGGCCGCCACAAGACGUACAUCUCGAAAGUCAUCCAGCACCCCAGCAACGUCUGCGAGAUCCAGAUCAAGAAGGAGAACACGAAGACGCGGGCCGGACAAUACAUCUUCCUCUGCUGUCCCGAGGUUUCUUUGUGGCAGUAUCAUCCAUUCACGCUGACUAGCGCGCCUGAGGAGGAUUACAUCUCGAUCCACGUGCGUGUCGUGGGUGACUUCACGCGGGAGCUCGCGACAGCGCUGGGAUGCGAGUUUGGCAAGAAGGAUGGACCUAAGGACUCUUCCAAAGUCGUAGGCGUAGACAAAGAAACCGGCGACGUUGACCCAGCGCUCCGCCGCGUGUUACCGCGUGUCUACGUUGACGGACCCUUCGGCUCUGCCUCCGAAGACGUCUUCAAGUACGAAGUCUCUAUCCUCUGCGGUGCCGGUAUCGGCGUGACACCGUUCGCGUCAAUUCUCAAAUCCAUCUGGUACAGGAUGAACUACCCGCAGAAGAAGACGCGUCUGGCCAAGGUCUACUUCUUCUGGAUCUGCCGUGAUUUUGGCUCGUUCGAGUGGUUCCGGUCGUUGUUGAUGGCCAUCGAGGCGCAGGACGUCGACGGCCGCAUCGAGAUCCAUACGUAUCUCACCGCCAAGAUCAAGGCCGACGACGCGACGAACAUUAUGAUCAACGAUGCCAACGCCGACAAAGACGCCAUCACCGGCCUGAGGAGUCCGACCAACUUUGGUCGGCCGAAUUGGGACAUGAUCUUCCGCGGUAUCCGGAAACUGCACGCGCCUGCGGAGGCUGGUGUGUUCUUCUGUGGACCGAAGGGUUUGGGAAGCUCGUUACAUGUCUUUUGCAAUAAGUAUAGUGAACCUGGUUUCUCAUUUGUCUGGGGCAAAGAAAACUUCUAAAGGUCUGGCCUGUAUGCUCACAUGCAUCAAAUCAAUCAAUCAAUCAAUCAAUCAAUUCAUUUAUUUAUGACUGGCUGGCUGGCUGGUAUUGCGCCACAUGGGAAAGAGAGCAAGUGAGCGAAACAUAAACCCCUUGCAUGCACCUAAUGAUGAUUGCGGGUAUUCCGGUGAUCAAAUGAGGACGAGCAGGUUGGGUAUACAGUGAGCUGCGAAGAAAUCACUUCUGUGCUUUAAGUUUUGCUUGCUUGGUUGGUUCUGUUGAUUGGAUCCCCCCAUUUAC